GGGUCAGAGUUUUGUUAUUUUAACAGACCCACGGCUAAGACACACGCUCUCUCUCCAUGGGCCCCUCCCCGAAACAUCUUCAUUACGUCAUCACUAAGCGACUCCAUGUGAGCACGCUCGAAGGAUGAACGUAGCCAGACAGUGGUGUGAGGGUCAUACUUCUCCCAUCCUGUGUGUGGGGGCAGCUUCUGGUCCAGAGGGUCUCAUUGUCUCAGGAUCAGAGGGUGGACAAAUAACUGUCUGGAACCAGGAAGGUGUCAUAGUUGGAAAUCUCCAACUAGCUGGUGAAGAUGACUGUACUAGUGUUAUUUUCUCACCAUCCGCUCCAGCACAGCUCUAUGUGUCUCAUGGAGAAACGGUGAGUGUGGUGGACUACAGAAACCUGAAGAGCAGUGUGGAGCAGUUUAAAGGUGUAGGUGAGGAGGAAAUCAAUGCUCUUGCACUUAACGAGACCAGCUCGGCAUUGGCUGUAGCAGAUGACUCAGGAGCUGUCCGUAUACUGGAUCUACCGGGGGGGAAGGUAUGCAGGACUUUACGCAGACACACCAACAUCUGCUCCUCACUGGCUUUCCGACCACAAAGGCCCAACAACCUUGUGUCAGUAGGACUAGACAUGCAGGUCAUACUUUGGGGUUUACAAAAGACCCGGCCUCUGUGGACCCUUAACAUCCAGGACAUUUUGGAGGAGGAGGAGCAUCACCAGCAGCCGGGUCAGCUCUUCAACCCACCACUGGCCCAUUGUGUUACAGUGUCCAGUUGUGGAAAUAUAGUGAGCUGUGCAGCUGAAGAUGGACGGGUACAUCUGAUACGAAUUGGUAGUGGAUCAAAACUUGAGCAGCAAGGCUCAGUCAAAGCCCACAGUCAGGGAGCCUCACAGGCACAUUUUGUGAACUUUCUUUCUCAUCCAUACUGGCUCAUCAGUGGGGGCAAUGAUAGCCAUGUUGCCCUGUGGGAUCUCAGUAAACACCCUGUAGUGGAGGGAAAACUGAAACACCAAUCUGCAGGAAAUGAUGGGAGACGGAAGAAGAGCAAAAUCAAAACUAAACACAAGAAAAAAGACAGAACAGCGCCAUUACAAGAAGCUGAAGCACAAAAAGACAGCUGCAAAGAGAAUGAAAAUGCAGCAGAGACUGAAAGUGUGGAUUCAUCUAAGCCCAAACUAAAAAUCAACCAUGGAGAGAAGGUGAACUGGCUGUGUCCAGCUGUACUGAAGGGGCAGCCAAGUGUGGUGGUGGCUGAUCAGAGCUCUAGUCUUACCAUCUACCCACUUAUCACAGAAUAGACAAGAGUUUCAUUGGACAUUGGCCUUUGUAGUUUAGUUUGACAAAGCUUUCACUAAACAGUAUUUAUGGUGGCAGAUAUUUUACCGUAAUUUAGCAGAAUGACAUACUUAACAAAGUAAAUGGAUUAUUAGUGAUCAUGCAUAUUUUCAUACAACCCCUUUGCUGUCCUUGUCCAACAUUGACUUAUAAAUGGCAAGAAUUAAAAUUAAGAUGUAACUCCUUGUUUUAAUUUGUUUAUCUUAAGUAUAUAACACCAGCAGACAAGCAAGUGCUAAUU